CAAUACCUUGAGUAAAGUUCCUAAAUUUUUGCAAUAAAAAGGUGGUUGAAGGACUUGUAAAAAGGAUUAAAAAACAGUGCUGCUUUUCCACAGGUUGAAUAGUAAAUUUCACACUGUAUAUGCUCUUUAUUAAAAUAUUCACAUUGUGGAUACUAUUUACAUGUUUGAUCAGCACACGCAUUCGAUUCUUAAAAGAAACAAACCGGAACAAGCAUAGCAUACUGUGCUGUGAAUAUUCAUACAAUGCAGAACGACAAUGCAGUCUAUUGGGGUAGGAUGGAUAGCAGAUAAGAGCCAGAUUUGGCGAAAACACAAUUUGCGUGUGUGUUUACUCGACUCGUGUGAUAAGUUGUUUGUGUAUUUGUCUAAAUUUAUUUAUUAGUAGAUAUGAGGUUUUAGGGAAGAUUGUACUUUAAUUGUACUGUGCCACCCUUUUACUUCUACAAUCUCUUACGAUGCAGCAUUAAACCACAAUGGGAGCAGAACGACUUGGCAUCUCAUUGCGACAAAGCUUGACCAUACAAUCUCUCUUCAAAUGAAUGACAGAUAUAAAAAGGUCAACAUUUAGCUGCCAGCGUCAUUGCUAUAGUUUUGAAAGUGUUAUCAACAUGGUCAAGAUCAACCUUCUGUGUGCAUUGGCUCUGUGUUGUACCAUCGUUGGUUCACACUGCAAAUUAAAUGACAUAUCGAGUACUGUCCAAGGAGGAUUUGCAUUCGAAAUGAUCAUGACCAAGUUGAAGCUUCUAGAAGAUCAUUGCACGGAGAAGAAAGAAGAAACGGUAAACAAGUUAAGGGAUUUGAGUUGUACGAUGGAAACGUUAAUACAACAGAAAAACAAUUCACAGGAUAGAGUGUACAGAAUGUGCGGUGAGGUUCCCUCUUCGGGCAUAUACACCGUUCAACCGGAAAAGCCCUUUAAGGAAGCGAUUACCGUGUUCUGUGAUCAAGAGUACGAAUCGGGCGGAUGGAUUGUGAUACAGCAUCGGUUCAACGGAUCGAAAAACUUCUACCGCAAUUGGAAAGAGUACAAGAAUGGGUUUGGAAAUCUGGACGGUGAGUUCUGGUUGGGUCUGGAUCGUAUUUACCACCUGACAGUAUCCGGGCCGCAUGAGCUGGUCGUUCUGUUGGAAGAUUUCGAUGGUCAUAAAACGUACGCCAAAUACGAUCAGUUCGAGAUUGGAGAUGAGAGUCAGAAGUAUGAAGUGACAAAGUUAGGUGGAUAUUCCGGCACGGCUGGUGAUUCUUUCAGUGGUACCAGGGGUGUGAAAUUUUCAACAUUCGACGUGGAUAAUGAUACAUGGGAAAACCAUUGUGCAGUUACAUUUACCGGCGCCUGGUGGUACACCAAUUGCCAUUCGAGUAAUCUCAAUGGAAAAUAUCUUCGAGGGGAAACAAAAGAAUAUGCAACUGGAAUGACAUGGCACAGCUUUCGAGGGCAUCAUUACGCACUUAAAACAUCAAAGAUGAUGAUAAGACCAACAAAUGUUUAAUUCAGUCUUCUUUUUUGUAAUAAAUCAGCAUUACCGUAC